UAUGUGUUAUAAGGCCUCGGAUAUCAACUGCCUUUAGCGGGAGUUUCCACCCGGACGAAAUUUCAAUUUGUUCACUGUAUCGUUGUUGUAAUUGACCGGGGAGUGUAAUUGAUUGUAUCCAGGUAUUGUGUAGGGAAAAUGACAAACACGUGGUACUGGCACUCAGCCUCCGGACCAUUACCGCGGCGGGAAGGCUCUAGUCGCUAUCUCUCUUAAUAGUUCAGUUCUCAUUGUUGGGAAAGUGACUUCGGAAUUUCAGCUUUGGAUUUAUAGCACAAGUUAUUGGUAUAGUGGACAAUCUAAUAUCGGGUAACAAUGGAGGGACUCGAGGAUGGGGAGACCCCUGAGGUACUCGCAAGCGAAUAUACUGGAGUUCCCACAGACGUACAUAACGACCAAAACGCUGAUAUUCCAUGUGAGGCACCCGCCGGGGAACUGCACGCUGAAAAUACUAAAAUUCUCUCUGACAUACACAUCGAGGAACACACUGAACUUCCCUCGGAAACACUCGACGAGGAGCGCGCUGAAUUUACCCCCGAAAUACCCGCCAAAGAAUGCACUGACAUUCCUCCCGAAAUACCCGCCGAUGAAUUCGCCGACGUUCCCCUCGAAAUACCCGCCGAUGAAUUCGCCGACGUUUUCCCUGAAAUACCUGCCGAUGAACACUUUCAGGAAAGCAGAGGAAGAGCACCUGGAUUUCGGGAGAAGAAAUGGAUCAAACCAGUACUAAAAAAGCCUAAUUGCAAGCGAGAGUCGAUCAAACUGAAUGUGCGAGUAAUAUCCCCGGGAUUCGACAAAGAGGAAGAAUUCGAAAUUCCGCAAAAAGUGUAUCGCGAGCCAAACAAAAGUACUGUGAACACCAGGUGGGCUUCCAGUGAACGGUCUGGGUUAUGGUCACGUGAAGGUAAAAGGCAAUCACGACCACAGUCCCGGCCGCAGAGACGGCAUACCGUAUCUCUACCUAACCCGCCUCUAACAGACCACAACGAUAGCAAAUUUAGGGACUCAGAUGUAGAAAGCCGCGAUGUAGAAAAAAGUGCUGAAGUUGACAACUCAAAUGAUGAUGAUACUACUCCUAAAUUUGGAAAGAAACUUCAGAGAAAUAGUAUUCAUUCGAUUCAUUAUACACCUAGAUUACCGAAGCCUCACCGGAGGAUUGCUCGCUCCAAUACGAUACCAGAUUUUUCAUUGGAAAAUAUAGACUUAAAGAAGAUUCACGAAGACAAUGUGAUACGGAGACAAUUGGAACAAACGUUACGACGUAGUCACACUGUGCCUUUUGAGAUAUCUUCAAAACCUAAAACUUCAAUUUCCUUUGGUAAACAUAUGAACUCUAUCCUGUUAAAGGGAAAGGAGCCAUUCCUUUUUGAAGAAGGAUCGGGUGAUGAUAUCAGUUCAUAUAUCUCAAAUGCACGGAGGAAAAGUGUAUCUCAGUCAGGGUUGUGGCAGCUAGCGUCGUCAUCUGUAUAUGCAUUCAAGGCCAACAAAAGUCACGACUUCAGUGACGUUGCUAUGGCAUUAGUGACUAAACAAAAUGCUGUCGUAAAGAUGCGACAUAAAAUCGAAAAAAAGAUGGACCUUCCAGAAGGAAGGUUUGAAAGAAUAGCAGCUUUGAAGCAAAAGAUGGAGUCCAUUGAAAGAAAGUUCAGAUCACUGAAAAUGAUCAAUGCAGCUUCUAAAAAAGCAGAUGAAAAGAUAGAUGACUACGACGAAGAAGAGUGUCGUCAACCUAAAUUUUCGAAGCCAGGCGAGGCUAUGGGGUUUUUCCGUAAGUGCUGCCGUAUGAUCAUGAUCGUCCUCAAGUGGAUUGACCUCAUCAUGGAUGACCAGAAUCGUCUGGAGAAGGAGCUCAAGUCCUUCGUGGACAUAGCGAACGAGGUGGAAGCGUCGACAGUAUCACAGUCCAUGUUAGACAGUGGGCUCUCCUUUGACAAGAACAUGUACAAGGCCAAACGGGAGAUUUCUUUGACUGCUGAUCAUAGGAAGACUCUCACCACCAGGUGGAACUUCCGUAGUCAGGAAAUGAUCCAACAGGUGAUGCAUGGUUUACAAACCCUCCGUUCGCUGUCCGAAUACCCACUUCACACACAGGAAAAACUCUGCAAGGUGGCAUGGUACCAAACGAUAGGUCCAAAGAAAGCCAUACUAAGACAAGGUCAUAAGGCCGAGUCGUUUUACUUCAUCCUAUCGGGUGUUGCAUACGUGAAGAAGAUGAUUUAUGAUGAGAAGACAAAAGAAACACGUGUUAACACCAUGGCGAGGCUGACAAAAGGAAUGAGCUUUGGGUUUUCUUGGGAGGACGGGGAAAUCGGCCUGAUAUUUAACACGCUACGGACAGCUACCGUGGAAAGCGCCUCCUCGAUGGAACUGCUCGUGAUAGGAAAAGAAGACUUCAACAGGAUAUUCAUGAAGGCAGAAAACCCAGAUGAGGAAGCUGAACACGUGCAGUUCCUCCGGCAAGUGCCACUGAUGCAGACUUGGCCGAUAGAGAAGUUAGAGAACGAACCAGGAGCAUGCCUCUUACACUUUUUCAAAAGAGGCACGUUGAUAACAGAGGACGGGAAAACCAGCGAAUGGUUGUACUUUAUCAAGUCGGGUUCAUGCGAAGUCCUUAAAAACCUCAAAUCGACAAAAGCUAAAAAAGCUGGUCAAGUUCAAAAGAAAUUGGACCCAAUGUGUGACGUCAUACUUCCAGAGCUGGGUAACGCGCCAUCACCACGAGUAAAUACAGGCCAGACAAAGAAGAGGAGGGAGUUUGUAAUGUCGCCCGAAGUGUACAAUGACAUGUCUAAGUACUACGAUCAGCUCAAAAAGAAACUUAUUGGGGAACAAGCCCAAGAAAAGAUACGACUGGACAGAAUGGAUGUUCCGACUCCGGACCCAGAGAGGGUCCGAUUAACGCUCCCUCGUAUCACCGGGACCAACCACACUGGCCACUUAGUGACUCUGUGUGAGGAAGACGAGGACAAUGUGGAGAGUCGCGUCCCUAGCGGAUAUUCUAGUGUCAAAACAUCUAAUUUGAGGAUUCCUCCUUACAAGUGUGCUAAACCUGAGGACUCCCCAGGAGUAUCGCUGAGCCCACUGGAUAAAUAUACGAAAUUAACUCUCGGCAAAUUGUCUGCACAUUUUAUGUUCCCGACAACAGACAAAAUCCAGUCAAUGAAGCCUUCUCCUCGGGACAGCCCGGACUUCCAGGAACAAGUUACCAGUCGGCGUGAAAACAUCUUCGUUAUGAUAGAAUUGUUACAUCCAAAAGAUUCCUUUGGGAUCAACACACUGACAGGAUGGGGGAGUGAUGAUAUCGACGACAUGCUGAACGAGUCCCCACCUACCGCGUUGGUGAGCAAUGGCGCGGAGGUGGUUAUGUUAUCGAAGAAGGUGUUCCUAAAGUACAUGAACGAUGAUGUGCGGUGUAUGUUGAGAGAAAACGUCCGAGCAUAUCCGAAAGAGACUGUGAUGCAAGACAAUUUACAAAGGAAGCUGGACUGGGACGAAUAUAAAUCCACUGUGAUCCAUGACUGGGUCUCUACUAGGACAAUACUGCGCGAGAUCAACACUAUAGUGUAACGACAGUGUCCUUCACGUGUGUGGAGGUCAGACAGACAUUUGUGAUACUGCUGCUAAAUGGCUAGUGGAGUUGGUCAAAUUCAUCACCAGUAUUAAUGAAGACAUUCAUUUCGUUUCCUUCCUUUGUGAUAAGUAUUCGAAAAAAAAUCUGCAAAUAUAAAACGAAAGGCAGACAAACCGAAAUACACUGGUGAUAUAAAGCCAGGGCCCCGACGAAAUACAUCCCACUGUGGAGGAGUAUGAUGGAAACAAACACAGUGGUGAAAUGACAAUGCGAUUAAAACUUUUUAUAUUUUGUUUUAAAUCAUUUUUAUUCUUUACCUUAUUUCAUUUAUUUCCCCAUUAUUAAAGUGUUGUGGGUAACAUAUAAUGAUUUCAUCAAUUUCAUCGUUCUUAUGAGUUGGUAAAACGUCCAUACCAUUACUUCACUUAAUAAAGUUUUAUACAAAUAUACAGACAAUAGCACAGUAUUCUAAGAAUAAAGAUAUCAUUUAUAAUCUUUCAAUCAACUGUAAUGCAUUGUUUCAUCCAAACAACGAUAACAACAAAUUACAUAACAAAACAUGUUUAAACUUCUUCGAACGGCCCAUGCGUUCUGUAAGCCUUUCUUCCUCUGGUCAGUUAACUUGAUAAUAAAAACACACAUGCCCUGUAAAAGUUGUUGGCCGUUAGAAGAUGUUUUUAGUACUAUAUAAUCAUCGUUACUCAAUACAGAAGUAUUUUCACCUUGCUGAUACAAUGUAAGCAGAGUGUAAAAUGGUCCUUAAAUGGUCCUUAACAAAAAUAAAUGCUCAAAUAGAAACACGACA